AUGGCGGUCGAUAGAGAGCAACUAAAUGAUACACAACAGACGUUUGAUGGAACCGCGGUUGGUGAACUAGAUCAUGGUCAAAUCGAAGACUUAUUGAAAGAAAGUGCUAGCCUUCUAAAUAAAAAAAGUGAUGAGGAAUUUCCGCCAACUGAAAAUAUUUCAAAUCAUGACAUUGUUGAAAUAGAAGAAGUUUCUAUUGAGGAUGAACAAGCCAAUGAAAUUGAUGAUGAUAGUGUUGAGCUGACCCCAAUUGAGAUACAGAAGUCAACAAUAGCUGAUUUGUUAGAAAAGCAAGAGUUGCUACCGGAAGGUUCAAUUUUAAAAGUUAUCCCACAUACAUGGUUUCAACGUUUUCUACACGAUGAAUUUAAAGAUGCUAGAGAUGCAAAGGUCCAAUUGGGUCCAAUUGACACUUCAAAUAUAAUCGAUGAAAAAGGAAUCUUUGCUGACCAAGAAAAGUAUCCAUUUGUUGCUGUGUCUUCUGAAAUAUUUGAGAAAUUAGCUAGUUGGUAUUCGUUGGUUCCUAAUUCAUCCCCGGUUACAACCUAUUUAAUUGAAAAUCAAGGUCGUUUGGAGCCUGAAUUUUCAAAACCAUUUUUUUAUGUCCACCAUCUUGUCGCAGAUAAUUCGAAUUCUACAGGCUACCAUUAUAGCUCAAGCUAUACUACCAUUCCAUCUUUCACGCUAUCUUUAUUGAACACAUGUCAAGAUAUUAUUCAAAAGGCGGUUGAAACACUUGAUGAAAAAGAGAAUAUCUCCAAGUACUCGCUAAGCUCAGAGGAUCAGAAAUACAGAGUUUGGGUGAUCCAUGAUGAUAAUCUAGUAAAUUUAAACUACCAAUUAUCACCAACAAAUUUCUUGAACGUGAAGAACAAGUAUUUGAUUAAACAUGAACACAAAGAUACUGUUAUCAAACAGACUGGAUUAAGAAUAAACCAUUUGGUGGUGGAGCAGAAAGUCACUUCUCAUACCAAUAAAAAGAAAGAAAGCUACUGGCCAUCCAAUUACUUUAUUCAAUUUCCACCAACCCCAUCAGAUGGUCGUAUUGGGUUACAAAAUCUAGGUAAUACUUGUUACAUGAACUCUGCGUUACAAUGUCUUGUGCAUAUUCCAGAAUUAACACAAUACUUUUUAUUCAAUUGUUUCCAAGAUGAAUUGAAUACAGAUAAUCCACUAGGUAUGAGUGGAAAAGUUGCCACAAGCUUUGCCAAACUAAUUCACAAUUUAUUUGAUAAGAAAUCGAGCAGAGGCACAUCUAUUAUUCCACGUGAGUUCAAACAAACAAUUGGUCAUUUUAACUCAAUGUUUGCAGAUUAUCAUCAGCAAGAUUCUCAAGAGUUUCUAGCAUUUUUAUUGGAUGGUUUACACGAAGAUUUGAACAGAAUUAUCAAAAAACCGAUAACGGAAAAACCUGAAUUAAAUGAAAAAAAUGCAGAUAUUGAUGCUAUAAAAGAGCUGGCUGAACAAAGUUGGUCUCAGCACAAACUAAGAAAUGAUUCCGUUAUUAUAGACUUAUUCGUUGGCUUGUAUAAAUCCACUUUGAUCUGUCCAGUUUGUUCAAAGGUGUCCAUUACAUUUGAUCCUUUCAGUGAUCUGACUCUUCCUCUACCUACAGAAAAGGUAUGGAACUUCAAGCUUUUAUUGUUCUUGGAAAGUGGUCCAAUCAAAUCUUUUGAGGUUGAAUUGCCAAAAACAUCCACCUAUAAUACUUUAAAGUCUUAUGUUGCUUCAAAAUUGGAUUUAAAAGUCGAACACUUGUUUUCAGCUGAGAUUUUCAAUCACCAAUUUUACAAAAACUUUGAAAAUCCGGAAUCUCAAUCAAACUAUUUACCGAUACAAGAUUUGAUAGCUGAAGGUGAUGUUGUCGCGAUGUAUGAAAUUCAACACAAUGAAGGUGAUCUUAUUGUUCCAGUAUUUAAUACGGUAUUGCCACCAUCUUCAAAUAUUCCGGAUUCGUUUGCUAUACCGUUUUUCAUUUCCCUAACGGCAUCUGAGAGAAAAUCAUUUGGAACUAUUAGAAGAAAACUUGAAGACAAAUAUGAACAACUCAGCACUUUUCAAUAUUUUACCAAAGUUCGUGAAAAUCAGAGUGGGAAAACAUUUGCUUCAAAAGACUUCCCGUUGUUGAAUAUUAAAAAGGCUGAGAUCAUUGAAACUAAAGGUGCAGGUGAUACAGAUGUGGGCGUGAUUGCUGAAGAAGGUUAUGAUUCUGAUGUAUCAUUAGCAAACCCAGAUGUAUCAGGUGACUAUGCAUUCAAGAUCAAGUUGUUUGAUUCCUCAAAGGAAGUCAGAACUAGAAGAAAACCGUAUCAAUUUAGCAGAUAUUCUUCCUCAAACUCAUCUAAGGAUGAAGCUUCAACGCUUUGGACUCCAACAACAAGUAAUAAUUUCACAAAUCUACCUGAGUUAUUAGACUCUGUCAGUGGUGCUAAACGUGCAUACUAUACCUACGGUAAAAAAUUGGACAUAGACAACUCAAAUGAGAAUAGUGAUGCUUCUGUUGAAACUCCUGUGACCGGUUCUGAAGAGAAUAAGGAUGGCAAUGUUGAUGAAACCAUGACAGAAAACCAAGAUAAUAAAUUACCUUCAGACGCCCUUGAUAAUGAUGGAACGAAUGGAAACCAUACCAUUUCUGAAGCAACCAGCUAUAAUAACCAUGAUGAGCCAGAACAAAAAGAACUUGUCAAGGAGAAGAUUGCGCUUGUCUGUGAAUGGACACCUGAAUUUUUUGAUAUCUUUUUCUCGGGUCUUGAAGAUGAAGGUGAAGGUGGAAAUAACACAUGGACAACCCCAGAAGUGCUAGUAAAUGAAGAAGUGGAACGUUCUAAGGCACAAAGGGCUGCGAAAAAAGAUGAUGUUUUGAAUUUGGAUCAAUGUUUAAGACUGUUUUCUAAACCAGAAGUAUUAGGAGAGCAUGAUUUGUGGUAUUGUUCAGAUUGUAAAGAACAUCGUGAGGCUUCUAAACAGAUUGAAAUUUGGGAAACGCCUGAUAUCUUAUCUAUUCAUUUGAAACGAUUUGAAAAUCAAAGAAGUUUUAGUGAUAAAAUUGAUGCAGUUGUUGAUUUUCCUAUUGAGACUCUUGAUAUGUUGCCUUAUAUCUCUAAACCGGCUGCAAAUGGUGAAGAGUAUAUUUAUGACUUAUUUGCUGUUGAUAAUCAUUAUGGUGGUAUUGGCGGUGGUCAUUACACGUCAUAUGUCAAGAAUUUUGUUGAUAACAAAUGGUAUUAUUAUGAUGAUUCCCGCGUUAGCGCAACAUCACCUGAAAAAUCCAUCACAGGUGCUGCAUACCUUUUGUUUUAUAGAAGAAGAACAUCAAACUUUUUAGGUGGUGAAAGGCUAUCUGAGUUGAUUGAAAAAUCGAGAGAAGAGCAUGAUGAACGUGAGAAACAAGAAUUAAAAUUGCAACAACAAUUCUACGAGGAAAAUAGAGAUGAUUCUUCUGAAGGUGAAGAAGAUGAAGUUAUUGAGGAGUUAGAUUCAUCAGAGGAUAAUGUUUCAAGUGUACAUGUUGGUACAGAUGAUGAGGAUGAUUUGUCGUCGUCUCGUCGUAAACAAAGGUUGUUGGGGCGUGUUAAAAAGCACCAGCUGAUAGAUAAUUCUGCGUUGCAAUCAGAUGUGGACUCUUCUGCAAUAGGCUCACCAAACUCUAUAGCUUCUGAUGACAACCUCUCAACUUAUAGUGCUAGCAACAAUGCUCCAUCUGGCCAAACUUAUACGGUAAACUCACCAAGACCUUAA